AACUUCCUCCGUAGCAAAACAUCAAACCGCAGCGCGCGGCUGCGAGCAGGAACCGAGCUGCAGCCAUGGCAGAGGGCAAGAGCGGGGGAGCCGGGCUCUUCGCCAAGCAAGUCCAGAAACGGUUCAGCCGGGCGCAGGAGAAGGUUUUGCAGAAAUUGGGCAAAACAGUGGAAACCAAAGACGAGCAGUUUGAGCAAAGCGCGUACAACUUCCAGCUGCAGCAGAACGAAGGCAAUAAACUCUACAAAGACCUGAAGGCUUUCCUUGGCGCGGUGAAAGUGAUGCACGAGAGCUCCCGGAAAGUGGCUGAAACGCUGCAGGAGAUUUACAGCACCGACUGGGACGGUCACGAGGAGCUGAAAUCCAUCGCAGCUAGCAAUGACCUCCUGUGGGACGACUACGAGGCGAAGCUGGCCGACCAAGCUCUGCGGCUGAUGGAGAACUACCUGGCUCAGUUUGGGGACUUUAAGGAGCGCAUCGCCAAGCGGGGCCGUAAGCUGGUGGACUACGACAGCGCCCGGCAUCACCUGGAAGCUCUGCAAAGCGCCAAGAAAAAGGACGAGGCGAAAAUCGCCAAGGCUGAGGAGGAGUUUAAUAAAGCCCAAGCGGUGUUUGAAGACCUGAACAGGGACCUUCGGGAGGAGCUGCCGGUUCUGUAUGGCAGCCGCAUCGCCUGCUACGUGACCAUCUUCCAGAACAUCUCCAACCUCCGCGAUGUCUUCUACAAGGAGAUGAGCAAGCUCAACCGCGACCUCUACGAGGUGAUGAGCAAACUGGACAAGCAGCACUCGAGCAAAGUCUUCAUCAUUAAAGGCAUCCCCAGCAACCGGCGCUCGCUGGUCAUCUCUUCGCCGGUGAGCCCCCCGGCCAUGUUCCCCUGCCCGGGGAAGGCGCCAGACUGGCAACCCAUGGUGGAAGCGGAGGCGACGGCGGGGUCCCCCGGGGUGGGCAGCGGUGCCACCGAUGCCGUCUCCAACGGGGAGCUGGGUACCGGCAUCCCCGGCCCCCCACCGGCUUCACCUGCCAGCGGUGGGUCCCUGUCGGAGACGGCGUCGGUCUCCAGCGAGGAGGCCCCAGAGCCUGGUCCCGGCCCCGAAACUCCAUCCCGCGAGCAAGGGACAUCGGCGGCAGCCACGGAGCCAGGCGCCGACUCGCCCGGGCUCCCCAAAAAACAGGGUCCAGAGCCAUCGGGGGCUGCCGCCGGGGCGCAGGCGGGGGCCGAGGGCAUCGCCGCCUCCCUGGCAUCGCUGAUUUUAUCGGAGGCGAUUGCCCAGGCCGCCAGCACCGCGCCACCAGAGUCGGAAAAAGCCGUGGCCAGGCUGGAGGUGAGCAAAGCCCCGGCCACCGCAGGGGACCCUCAUCAGCCGGGUGGCACGGCCGCCAACGGUGAGGGUCGGGCACAUCCCGGGGACCCACCGUCCCCAGCCCCAGCCGUCCCCUGCAAUGUCCCCGGUACCGCGGCGGAGGCACCGGCGUGUCCGUCCCCGGGCAGUGCCACGGGCGAAUCCGGCGACUCCGAGGAGAGCGUGGAGGAGAUGGACAUCGAGCAAAAGUUGGCCGAAACUCAGGAGCAAGCCUGUCCUGGGAUGCUGGAGCAGGAGACGAGCCAGGAUGCAAGCCAGGACCCCCCACCAGCAGCAAAUCCCCCCCAGGACCCCACCGAGACCCUCACCUCCCUUUCUGAAGGACCCCAGACCUUCGUCUGGAAGGAGCUGAUGCGAUGGAAGGAGACCAGCCCCCUCUGACUGCAGAAGAGCUGACAACCCCCUUCCUGAAGAAGGCUCACACCCCACCUCUCCACGAGGAAGCCAACACCGUG